CCCCCGCAGAUAAGGUUUUAGUCUUCAUCUUCUUCUUCUUUAUCCGACCGCAGCAAGCAUUAGCCAGUCCAGCUCCAGUAGCCCCUAAAAAUGGCAGCAGCUACUUCUAUGAGUUUUAAUUUGAUGGGUGCUUUUCGAGGGCUCUCGUUAUCUUCAAGCUCGUCUUCAUCUUUCCUCAGAGGUGAUUUUGGAUCGAUUACUAGUGCUCCCAAGCCUUCCGUCGUCUCUUUUCCCUUGAAAUUCCCUCUUACCAUCGAAUCUGCACACAAGAAAGGAGCCGGAAGCACCAAGAAUGGACGAGACUCCCCAGGCCAGAGGCUCGGCGUCAAGAUAUACGGCGACCAACUUGCAAAGCCUGGCGCCAUUAUCGUUCGCCAGCGUGGAACCAAGUUCCAUCCAGGAAAGAAUGUUGGCAUUGGCAAGGAUCACACAAUCUUCUCAUUGAUUGAUGGAUUGGUUAAGUUUGAGAAGUAUGGCCCAGAUAAGAAAAAGAUCAGUGUCUAUCCAAGCAUACCAAGGCCUGAAAAUCCAAACAGUUCCAGAGCAAGAAGGCGCGAGGCCUUUAGGGUUCAACGUGUACGCAAAGCUGCAAGAAGGGACGCCAGAGAGGCCGGUUAUGUUGAACCACAGCUUAUUCUCGCUUCAGCCAAUGCAAUUCCUGAAAAUGCCGAAUGCUGAUAUAAUAUAGCCUGUUCUCAAACCUAAGGCUUCACAUUUGAAACUUUUUGUGUAUCUUUUUCAUUAGCCUUGUUGUGUAUUUGUAAAACUGUUACAGUUCUUCAUGACAAUUGAAAGGCUUCCAUAAUCAAAGCAGUUCCCUUGAUUCUAGUUUAA